GCUAUCGAUCAAACAAUCAAUCUCUCUCUCGAUGGCUCUCUGAGCUUCUUCAUUAGUGAAAUCAUCAUCGGCGACUUUGUCAACGCUUCUUCUAACUCACCCCAGAUUUUAGUCAGAAGCUGAGUUGUGUGACUUGAGAUGGCAUCGGCGUCAGAACAGAGCGGAUUAGAAAACCAGGAGAGCCAACCACCAAACCAAGUGGCUCCUGGUUUUGUAGGAGCAAUCGAAGAACAAUACAAGAAACUCAGAGAUCACGCCGAAGCUUAUCCGUAUGUUUGGGGUUCUUAUACUGUUGUCUACGGUGGUCUUUUCCUUUGGACUGCUUACAGAUGGAGGAAGCUGAGGAGAACCGAGGAUCGAGUUCGUGGCCUCCAGACCAAACUUAGGAAACUCGUCCAAGACGAACAAGCUGCAGUAACAGCUUCUAAAUCUGAGAAAUCACCGGGCAAGUCUUCUUCUGUUUCUGACAAGACACCGGUGCCUUGAUUAGUUAUAAUCAAAACCAUUUUCUCUGUUGGUUUCAGUAUUCAAGAGGUUAAAUCUGUUUUGUUACAAUGCUUUUGUUAUUUACCAGCAUAGGCUUUUUUAUUAUAUAAAGACAAAUUCAUGUACAUGAAUGAAGAAAAGAAAUACGCUGAAAUGUUGAAACGCGAAAAAAGCGUCGUUGAACGUUUGCUGUUUUAGCAGAGGGAGGCUCAAUAAGUUGAAGCGUUUUGCCUCAAAUUGUUUGCGUUA